AGUAAGUAAACAUGGUGGACUCUGACAGUCACUGUCAGAAAUUUGAUUAAAAAACACCGAUUUAUAGAAAAAUCCUGGAGUUGAUUUGGCCAUCUUUGUGAUUUCCUCAUGAAUAUUUCUAAGUAAGAGGACCAGUCAAGCCUGAGCCAAAAUGAGUGUUUGGAAGCGACUGCAGCGUGUUGGGAAGCGGGCAUCCAAGUAUCAAUUCACCGCCUCUUACAAAGAGAUGAUGGUCGAAUGUACAAAGAAAUGGCAACCUCAUAAACUCUGUAUUGUUUGGACAAGACGUAGUCGAAGACGGUCAACUCAGGUUCUUACCUGGGAGCCAACAAUACAGAAUCCAUACAAGGGCCUUGUUACAUGGACUGUCCCAGAAAAUAUUGAAAUUACUGUGACACUAUUUCGCGAGUCCAGGCAAGAUGAAUUUGAGGACAAGGAUUGGACAUUUGUCAUAGAAGAUAUCAGUAAAAGUGGCAGGCGGAAGGUGCUGGCGUCAAAAUCUAUAAACAUGAAGGACUUUGCAAGCUUCGUCCCAACUCAAACAGAAGUGAAAGUCAAGAUGAAGCCUGCGACCAAAAAGAUUGUCUCGGCCUAUAUCCACCUGACUCUAUCUUGUGUGUUUGUCCGAGAGGGGAAAGCAACUGAUGAAGAUAUGCAGAGUGUCGCCAGUUUGAUGAGUCUGGGCAAGCCUAGUGACAUCGGCAACAUUGACGACUUCCUAGAGGAAGAUGAAGCCGACAAAGAGGACAAUACGGCAAAGUUUAGCGAGCUAGCAGCCAAGCUAGCAGCAAUAGAACGUGAUGCUGAUGAUGAUGACUUUGGUCAGCUUGAUGCUAGUGGUUCCAGCCAAAACAACACAACAUCCAGCCUAAAUCCUUUUGAUCAGAGCUCUUUUGGUGAUCUCAGCAAAAACUCAAAUGAAAGUCUUGAAGCAAAACCUCAAAAUCCAUUUGACAAUUCAUCAGAUUCGACCAAUCCGUUUGGAGAUGAUGGAGGUGAUGAGACAGGGAAUGAUCGUGGAAAGAACAACGAUCCGACAUGCAUUUUUGAAAAAGUGGGUGAAAUGAAAACAUCAAUUUCCGAUGGCACUCGGAAGAAGGCGAUGACUCUGGACAAUUUUAGGCGAGGCUCCGGAGAUUUCAAAAUGUCUCCGUCUGGUUCCCCGAAGCAUGGCAGCCCGAAGAAUAGUCCAAAGAGUCGUGGAAAGUCACUGACGUUAAAGGCCUUUCCUCCAUCUUCUGAACCAAAGAAGAUAGAACGCAAGAGUUCUCCACGGCCGAUAUACCAGGGGACGCCACCGUCGACUCCCCCGGAGGAGAAGGACGUACCGCUCAUCGUUCGUCCUAUUACGCCGCCAGAUGAGAUAGAAGCGGCUUCUAGACCCUUGGCGAGAAAGAGGGGGUCAGACAAGGUGGACCUUGCAAGGUUUCUCUUUGUUUCUGAAAGCGCUGAGGCUGAUGAGGCUGAGGAUGAUGAGGCUAAAGAUGCUGGUCAAGAAAAGGAAGAAGAUGCUGCCAAUCUCGGUAACAGGAAUGCCUUGGAGCCACUUGACCUUAAUAAGUCUGAUCUGGGGCAACAGAAGAAGGCAACGCCGAGUCAAGAUUUGCUAGAAUGGUGCAAGGAGGUCACGAAAGGUUAUAAAGGGGUCAAGGUCACCAACAUGACCACAUCGUGGAGGAAUGGCCUGGCGUUUUGUGCCAUAGUUCAUCACUUUAGCCCUAGUCUCAUUGAUUUUGAUACACUGUCCCCUCAUGAUAUCAAAGGGAACAAUAAAAAGGCAUUUGAUGCUGCUGCGCGCUGUGGGGUCCCCAAAGUGAUAGAACCCUCAGACAUGGUACUGCUGACUGUGCCGGACAAACUUAGCGUGAUGACGUAUCUUUACCAACUGCGCUCCUACUUCACGGGGCAGACUCUCGAGGUGCAACAAAUUGGGAAAAACACAAAAGAGAGCACGUACAUGAUUGGGGACUUCGAUUCGGAUUUAAAUUCGAAAAUCUCAAAGGAAAUGUAUGGAAAAGAAAUCCCGUUGGAACGCCGAAAUGAGCGGAAUGUGCUUAAGAAAGAAAAAAGUGACAGUGACAUAUCAGCAAAGUCGCGUUCGAGUUCAGAGGAACCGUCAAUACCGACUAGUGCUAGUUUUACCAUAAGUAAGGACAGAGGUGUGUCGCUGUUGAAAGAAAAUGCUCAACCGGACGGGUCACGGAAGAUGAAGGCGUUGAUGACGCGGAAACAGUUGAUGAAUCCGUUUGAUUCCGACGAGGAGGAGUUACCGAGUCCAUACAAUGAUAUCGUGCAAUCUAGUCAAAGUUUGAACGCAAGUUCGGAGGAGAAAUUAAGUGACAGGUCACCUCGAAGUGAUGAAUCUUCAAAAGCUGCCAGAAAGGAAGAGAGAAGGAAACUGAGAGAAGAAAGAAGGAAACAAGAACAGCAAGACCAAGACCAAACAUCUGAGGCUGACCGAAAUAUUGCCAUCUCCCCGACACGAUCAACUCCUGAUCGGAGGACGCCAACCUCACCAGUUACCCCUUCAAGUCCAGACUCUGCCUCUGGGGACCAGCCAGAAAGUGAUAAGUACGACGAAGAGCUUGAGGAUGUUGACAACGUCGACAGCAUGGAUGUCGACAUGUUCGAUGACCUGAGUGAUGCCUCUUGUGAUAAUAUGUUGAUAUCGGGAGACGCAGUAUCAAACGAUACUGAAAAACUUCCAGGGACUGACAAAACUCCAGUCAUCGGGGUGGUCCCCAAUAUUGCAUCUUCUCAGCAAGAGGAGACCUCGAUGGAUUUCACGUCAGUCCCGCACUCUGAUUAUGGCGGGGACGGAGUCGUCUGUGAUACACCUGAGUUAGUCCAUGAAGAAGAGAAGCCUCGUAGUCGCCAUGAGGAACUCAAAGAGCGGGCCCGCCUUCUCCUUGAACAGGCCAGGAGGGAUGCUGCCCUCAAAGGUGCUAGCAUGGUCACACCUGACACCCCUACUGCUGGAGGUCCAGUACAGAAGUUUAGUGGUGCUGAGAAAGAUGAAGAACGCCAAAAACAUCUUCGGGAACGGGCAAGGAAGUUGAUCGCCGAGGCUCGGGCUGGUGUAGGAAAGCCCGAGGAUACCUCACCGACUCUUUCAGAAGAUGGCCGCCCACGAUCGGCAACAGACACGAAUUUGCCCAGUAGAGACUUCAAGUUUUACAAGUAUAAACGAAAUAAGGCGGAUGGGAAGGAAAGUCCAUCGACAGGGGAAAAGACGAAUGUCCGGCUCAAGAAGAUCAUGUUGUCAAGGCCUACCUUGGCAACGGCCCUGGCUACCACGGCAACCAAGUUGGGUUCCAAAGAUACAGAUUUGAGAGAUAUGGCUGCUGCCCAAGAGGAUAACCCCACUGGUCGUCCAAAGAGUUUGUCCAUUGGCAGUGAGUCACAGCAGAAACGCCAGUCACUGACAUCCCCAAAAGAUCGCAAGACCAUUCACGUGGACCAGUUUCUUGAUAGUGAUGGUGAGAAUGAUGGCUCCUCAGAUUCGGAGACUGACGAUGUUCUCAUUCCUAAAGUACAGAGCCCUGAUGAUCCUCUGCUUGACACCAGCCAAUACGUCAACAGUGAAAUGUCUGCAUUAGAGAGAGAACAAAAACAAAUCGACGAGACUGCGGACAUUUUGGAGCGGGAAUUACGCUCUGCAAUGAACGAUGGUCGGAAGGAGGAUGAGGAGCGGUUGAUGCAGGAAUGGUUUGUCCUGGUCAACAAGAAGAAUGCCCUCAUCCGCCGGCAGAUGCAGCUCAAUAUACUUGAAAAGGAAGAUGACUUGGAGAGAAGAUUUGAUCUGCUCAACCGCGAGUUACGACAGAUGAUGACAAUCGAAGAUUGGCAGAAGACUGAAGCCCAAAAGAAACGAGAGAAACUCCUCCUGGAGGAACUCGUGGCAAUCGUGAAUAAACGGGACGAGCUCGUUCAACACUUAGACAACCAGGAGAGGGCGAUUGAGGAUGAUGAAGAGUUGGAGAGGAGAGUGAAUCAGGGUAACUUGGUCAAGCCAGAGAAGGAGAGAUGUGCUAUCCAAUAGACACUGCUGGGUGCGUGAGGGCUGAGUGAGAGGUCAAGAUGGGCUCCUGGGGAGGGCCAGAGGAGUGUGCUUGGAAGAUAUUGGCUGUUGUUAAAGCUGGGCCCGAUCCUACUCUAAGAAGCCUUCUAUCAUAGAGUGCAAUAAUGCAUUACCUGAUGAACUCAGAGAACCUUCCUGUAAGCAGCAGUACACUGCACACAUACAAAAAGUAAGUACCUGCACUCCUGAAGGAGUGCAUGUGAGAGACAAUAUGUGCACUUCUUUUAUAGUAUAGUUGCCCAGGUUUAAUGACAUUACAGAGUGAAAGAGAGAGAUAUUGUUACUCAUCAGUUACCAGUGCAGAAACGAACAUUGGGCAUGUUUGAAGGACAAUCACAAUGACCAUCAAUGUCCUUUAGAUUCAUGAACACAAAUCAUGAAAUUACAACUAUAAUCCAUUGUCAUCACUAAAACACCACUUCUCAAAUUGGAGUCAAGCACUUAACAAGCCAAAGAUUUCAGUAAAGUGAAUAAAUCAACAUUAAACAACUUUUAUUUUCGGUUGAAAAGAACCCAUCAUUAUUUAUUAACACGUUCAUUUGUUAUUCUCCAAUCACUCUUACACAACUCUAAUGUGACAUUGAUUCAACUUGUAAUGGCCUAAUUUGAGUAGCUGCAAAUUAUCGUGCUUUCUAUUCAAUAUUUUCAUCAAUAACAAACACGUUUUACGUUAACAAUAUCAAACAGCGCACAGGACGCUCAGUCGCCAUUUUCACAGUCUCCACCGUCGUCUGUCGACUUCCGUCAACUUCCGUAACAGCAUUGCAUUCUAUUAACGACAAUAAUAUUUCCGCCGUCGCGAUCGGGUGCUCAUACUAAUGAUAUGCGCUGUUGCCCGUGAAAUAACACAGGUCCCCCGUCGCGAUUUACGGCAGCAAUGGGAGCAUCGGUUCCUUGAGCAUCAAUUAGAUAUGAGACCGAAGACCCUUGGGCCUCAUUACGGUCUACAGCAAUUGAUUGACUCGCUUCCUUUCUCGUCUCUUCACGCAUACUUGAGCUUUCCUGCCUCGCUCUCAUAGCGUCGAGAAUUUCCCCUCUCCUCCGAGUGGAGGAUGGAAAUUAUCAAUCAUCGCUGACACUUCUGUUUGCGCUCUGCCAGCCUACAAUAAGACGGGCCUAAUUAAAGGGUAAUUUAAUGAGAAAAAAACUCCACCUCUUGGCACUUGCAGCAUCCCCACUAUGUGUUAUUAAUUCACUUUGGCCAUGAUAGUCUCUGGGGGCUUCUUGUAUGAUGUUGCCUUGAUUCUGCACAGCUCACUACUACCCAUUUGGCACCAAAAUCACUGCCUUUAUUACAGUGUAUCCUGCUUACAAAGGCGACUGCUAAGGGAGGUUACACUACUGCCAACUCAGCCAAGGGACAACUUUGGCCUGGUGUAGUGAAAUCCAGAAGGUCACUUUGGCACCUUGCCGAUUUCCCAUGCAGUACUCAUUCAUGCAUUGUUGGCUGCCAAACUUUGGAUACCGUGUUGCGAAAUUCUUUAGUCGUAUGCUCAUCAAUUCAUUUAUGCGAGAAAAGAAUAAUAGAGAGGCCUGAAUGCCUCAUCAUUACGAUGAACACACCCGAUAAACGUCGCAGCCAAAUUUCCCAAGAAGGUGUACUCGGCUGAUAAAAUCCGUCUGACCUAUUAUCGGCAAGCGAACAUUGCCAGUGUCACUGGAGAAUGAAUAAUUGUGGAAUGAUGCCAUUGACAACAUGUUAAUAAGCUAGUUCACAUCCACGCACGGCACUUUAGAAAACGCUGUGCAAAUUUCAUGAUAUCGUUUCGCACUGUCAUGCCAAUUACGCCUGGUAAGGGUCGGUGAGAUGCCAUCUCGGUUCACAGCAGUUUCGUUGUGAUAACUAUCCGCAUCCCAUUGGUAACCUUAAUGGAUUUUUCCUCCGGUCUUGACUUGAUGUGUAGUAGAACAAUGCCUGUUGUGUAGCUUGCAAUUAAAAUGCAUAAGUUUUCGUGAUAGAAAAUGCUUUAAAUGUGCUUGUCGAUUAUUGCAUUGGGCGAAAAGGAAACCCGAAAUCUGAAAACUGCAAAAUAACUAGCUUGGGGCACCAUAUUAACCCCUUGGAGUGCAUGCAAUCCGAGAGAUUUUUCUUAAAGUGUUAAAUGUUGUGAACAUAGCCAGUGAUAAGUUUGGACCCUCUCUGACCCAUAAGAAAAAGAUGAUACCGGUUUAUGCUUGACAACACUGGUGUAUAUUGUAUAUUCUAGGUCACAGUGAUUGAUGAACAUGAGUGUAGACAAUGUAUUAUGUGUAGAAAUAUUGAACUAAGCUUAAAGCUGAUCUCUUAAUAUGCUUAAUUGUAUGGCAUAUCUUUGUACAAAGGAGGUGUAUCUGUUAUUUUCGUGCUUUUAGUGGUUCCUCACUUAAUGAUGUGAUCAUUGUUGUCUUCAGUAGAAUAUGAAGUUGUGCAUGUGCUGCAGUAUAAUUGAAGAUUCAUGGAAUUUACAUUGUAAAUGAAGAUUUUCAACUUGUAAAUUAACAUGCAACCAAUGGUUUACAUUUUGACUAAACAGUGGAUUUACUCAUUCAAAGUGAUGGUUUACACAGUAAAUGGAUAAACACUCAACAAAAGUGUUGGUUUGCGGUGUACAUGUAUUAACACAUGGAGAAGCACUUGGUAAAUAUAUAAGUGCUGAUUUACAUUGUAAUUGUGAAUCUUAAGUGUUAAUUUACAGUGUAAACUGACAAAUACUGGAUUUACACUGUAAAUCUAAAGUGUAGCUAUUUUGGAAAUACAUGUGUACAUGAACAGCAACUGUAUGAAGUUCCGUAUGAAUAAGUUGAAUACACUUUUAAUGGACAAAUGUUGUUUGGUGUAUAUUUCCUGUAUAUUUUCAAAUAUUCUAUAAUGCAUUUAAUGGUUAGUAUGACAUGUAAAUCGCUUCUUUCAACCAAUGGACGAGAAAACGGUAUUUCGUUUAAUGGCAAUGUUGAGAUACUGACACAUUCUGUGCGUCACUCAUCGCAUCACAUUUCUCAUCUCAUCUUUGUCAUGCGUUCUCGACUAUCGGCCAUUUCCACGUUUCAUGCCUGAUUACACUCAGUGUGUGAAAAUGCCUCUGUUUAUUACAAAGUGUCAAAAGUGUAUCUUGUCGAGUGUGCUGACAUCGCUUCAGCCUGGACUGAGUAAUUUUAUUUUUCUGGAUGUAAGAUUGCAGACACUCUUAGCUUUCAUUUUGGCAUAGGCUGUUCUGAAUUGAGCUGAUUUAUGUGUAAUUGUUGACCCAUAUGUAAGGCCAUGAAUAAAAGUUUGAAUUAUCAUCAAAUUCACCGUAAAAGUGGUUGAUCAUCAUCAAUCGAUGUGUUCAAGUGACUGAUCAACAUCAUGUGAUGUGUUCAAAUCUUGUGGUGUGUUCAAAUUCACGCUCAAACAAUGAAAAUGGUUGAUCACUGCCAUACAUAUUCGACAGUGAAAGUGACUGUUAUGGAUGACAAGAGCAAUUUGAUAUUUGACUUUUGCAGCAAAACAGCAAUGUUAUAUCCAGCUACAUUACUUUAAAUUCGACUUAUUCACCUUUGGGAAAAACUUCCGAAUUCUGGCCAACAUGAAAACAAAUUGCGCUGUUGAGUUCAGAAGGCAGCAUAGCCAAUGAUUAUAAACAUGACAGUUUGCGGUCACCAUCAGAUGGUCAUUUGAUGAGAGUGGCCUUAUCUCUGGUGGCUGGUCGCAGUGCCUCGUCAACUUGUAUGGUUGCUGACUACAGAGUGUGCAAUUAGCGAAUGAUAAUGUCACUUCCCCAUCUCAUUGUUGGGUUGGUGGACUUAUCAUCUGAUGCCAUAGACUCACGGUAUGCACGGUUUUCAGGGUCUAAUUUGGUUUAUGUGGUUGGAAUGUAUAUUCGUCCAUUAGGUAUGGUGGCUUUGGGAUGAGAUGGCCAUACAUUCACAGUUACUUCUGAUGUGUAUUCUUUGUAAAGAUAUUGCGAUUUUUUUAUUGGCUUCGCAAUUUUUCGAUUGGGCUAUUUUGCUGGUUGUGAUUGCAACAGUUUGAAACUGGCUAGAUAAUUGCUCUGUGAUAUAGAUAUUGACUUGGCUGUUCAGAGUUGUGUAACUCACUGAAUAAUACUUGGUAUUAUUGUUGCAUGUAUGUUAAUAGCAUCUAGCUCAGUUGAUUUAGCAUGGUAAUCAUGCAUAGCAUGUCAAAUCCCAUUUCACCUUCUGUCAGUGAAAACAAUGACUUAUUCAGUAACUUCAAAACAAAUAUGAACGAUUCUGUUUUCGACUGUCUUGCCGUGAUACAAUCUUUUGAUUAUAAUCUAUUGCUUCCAAUAUUUAUUUUGAAAAAUGAUCUUGCCGUAUUUGUUAUACUCCUACCUACAGUCCUGGUCAAAAGUAUCAUCAUUCUUUGCAUGCGACACUACUAAUAUUAGGACUCUACAGCAUGACUACUUUACUUUUAUGUUGGAGGGGUGUCUUGAACACAGAGUCAAAGAACACUGAGAGAGUUUGUUGGAAACUUGCUUCAGUCUAAUUUCAAGUGUGGUGCAAUGUUACCUUUGGCCAGUACUGUUUGCAAUAGAAUCUGUGUGCUAAUGGAUGUGGUAAAUGUUACUGUUUCUUAAGUUGUAUUGGCUUAUGUUAUACUUAAGUUUCUUAUGUUAUUGGAAUUUAGGUUACCCUAAUUCAGUUCUAGUAACUGAAUCGUAGUAACUUAAAUAAUAUGUUCUGUAUCAUAGUUUGUAAUUAGUUGUAUAUGAGGAUGUGUUCAGUUCAAUUGUACAUAUAUGAGAAAUGUGAACAGUUUUGUUAGUUUUGUUAGUUAAUGUGUGAGGUGAUUCUCCGGUUGUCAGUAAUGACUUCAAAGUGUUGAGGAAUUUGGUAAAAAUAAUUGCUUUAUAGAGAAUGUGGGUUGAUAUCAGUUAACGUGCAUGAAAUGGUAACAUUUUAGAGAGGAUGGUAAUAUCGCGUCAUGUGAAAUAUAUAUGGACACCUUAUAAGUUCUGCUGCAGUCUAUGUAUAAUGGAACAUGUGUUGUUGUGUAGACCUUUCUGUUCGAGCCUUACUUGGCUUGUAUGAUGUAAUGUAGGCAAUGGGUAUAUCCAUUGUUUCCACAAAUAAUUCAGUAAAUAAAAAUUGA